UCCUCUCUUUCUCUCUCUCUCUCUCUCUCUAAAACUUCUCUUUCUUUCUAUACACACAUAAAUACAUACACACACACACACACAUAUAUAUAUAUAUAGAUAGAUAUAUAUAUAUCAAUCUGAUUCUGCAUUCAAUUUUUCGAAAUCGAAAUUCGAAGCAGACAAAUUGAAAAAAAUAAAAAUGGCGACGCAUCACUCGAAGACCGAUUCGGAGGUGACGAGCCUGGCGCCGUCGUCGCCGAACCGGGCGGUGUACUACGUGCAGAGUCCGUCGAGGGACUCUCACGACGGCGAGAAGACGACGAACUCGUUCCACUCGACGCCGGUACUCAGCCCCAUGGGCUCACCGGGCCGCCACUCGCGCGACUCGUCCUCGACUCGGUACUCCGGUUCGCUGAAACCCGGUUCGCAGAAAUCGAGCAACGGAUCCCGGCGCCACCACCACCACCACCACAACAACAGGAAGGCGGAGAAGCAGUGGAAGGAGUUCGACGCCAUAGAGGAGGAGGGCCUCCUCGACGACGGCGGCGCCCGCCGCGGCUUCCCGCGGCGGUGCUACUUUCCGGCGUUUGUCGUCGGCUUCUUCGUGCUGUUCUCUUUCUUUGCUCUGAUCCUGUGGGGCGCCAGUAAAAAUCAGAAGCCUGUCGUCACCAUGAAGAGUAUAUUAUUCGACAGAUUUGUGAUACAAGCAGGCACAGAUUCAUCUGGAGUAGCUACAGUGAUGGUGACUAUGAAUUCAACGGUCAAGAUGUCUUUCCGAAAUAAGGGUACAUUUUUUGGAGUCCACGUCACAUCUUCACCGUUCGAUCUUUCUUUCACCGACCUCACACUAGCCACCGGUUCAGUGGAAAAGUUUUAUACAUCAAGAAAGAGCCAGAAAACCGUGACGGUGGUGUUAAUAGGAGACAACAUCCCACUGUACGGCGGCGGUGCUGACUUGAGCAGCCAAGGUGGGAAACCGGUUAAACCGGUUGCUUUGAAUUUGACUUUAACGGUUCGGGCCAGAGCUUAUAUAAUGGGCCGGUUGGUAAAGCCCAAAUUCCAAAAUGGAGUCCAAUGCUCGGUUGUUUUGGACCCCAAGAAAAUGAAUGAGCUUGUUCCUUUGAACAAUUGCACCUACAAUAAUUAAAAAUUAAUUUUUAUUUCAAAAAAGAAAAGAGAGGGAAAAUGAAAAUAUUUAUUUAUAUGUUGAGCGAUGAGAAGAACGAGGAAGAGGCGAACGGAAGAAAAAUGUUUGGUGGAUCGGAAACGAGGAGGAGAAUUGGGAGAUGAUUCUUCGAAAUUUUUCUUUUAUUACAAUAUUUAUUUUUAAUUUUUUUUUUCUACUUGUGCCUAGUUAAAUGUUGUAAUAAUUUGUGACAAGAGUAGUGUUAUAUGUGAUUCAUCAAUCUUCUUUGCUCAU